AUGACGGAAACCAGACUUGAGGAUCAACCUGAAAGCGUUUCAAUUUCAUGGCCAGGCAAACAGGUUGAAACAUUUUGUAAUCCUCAAGAAUACGGGAUGAAAAAAUGGUCACCAUUUCCACAGCCUAUCAAAAAAUUAAAAAUCAUCCCAGAGAUAGUUAUAUUUAUAUGCGUUAAAAGUUACUUUCAAUCGUCAAAUUACUUUAAUCCGGCUACGGGCUAUCAGUUUGAUUCUUCAUGUCCACGAAAUGUACAACUUGGUACAAGAUGUCCAGCCAAUGCAGAAUUUUCUCUAUUGAAUAAAUGA